CAGUUCUAGACCCAAGUAACGCGUGAUGGGGUGAGCUCCCUUCUUGUCCCAGCUCUGACAAUCUAGCAGUUUGAAAGCAUGUAAAUGCAAGUAGACAAAUGGGUACCACUUCAGUGGAAAGCUAAACAGCAUUCUGUAUGUCUCAGCAUAUAAUCAUGCUGGCCACGUGACUACGGAAGCAUCUUCGGACAAAGCUGGCUUCCUUGGCUAGGAAAUGGGGAUGAGCAACCCCCCCUAGAGCCAGAAUUGACUGGACAGGGGAAAUCUUUAUCUUUACCUAUCUUCUGCCUCUUGGAGCCUAAGGCAAACCAUUAGUUGUAUCUUGAAUCAGAUCUCACCUUCUCUUUGGUAUCUCCCUUGUUCUUUCUCUGCAGACCAGGUCCCAUUGUGAUUCAGGGAAAGUAUGGCCCUUGUACGAAGGUCUGCCUACGACAACACAUUUAAAGAAAAGGUCAGACACCAUUUCAACCGAGGAAUAUGUGAGUUAACCUCUGUGGUCAACUGUCUGUACCAAGCAAAAGAAGACGUUGAGUUUUACAUAGAUCUAAAGGAGCAUAUCGAGAAGGCUACAGAGGAGUUGGGCAAGACAGAAGAAUUGGUUCUGUGGGAUCUGGAGAAUGUGGAUUCAGUGACUUCAGAGAUAAUGGUCUCAAAGAAAAAACUCAUGGAUGAACAGAAAACAAAAGAGAACAAGCUUGUCAAUUUACAGAACCUUUGGAAGGAUUUGCAAAGGUGGGGUGAGCUGCAAAGAGAGUACUGUCAACGCCAAAGAGCUAUGAAGGAACAGGCAAAAAGGGAUAGAGCUGCUGCAGAAGAAGAAAUUAGAGAACAAGAAAGGCGGAAAAAUAAGGGCUGGCAGUUGAUGAUGAUACCAGUUGUCGGAACUAUUAUUGGGGGUAUUCAAAUUAUCGACGCGCACCUGUCUCAGAGGACGGCUGAGAAAAAAGCCGAUGCGGCACAGGAAAUGGUAGAUGAUUAUUGUGCCAAGGAACAGAAGGCUCAGGACCAAGUUGCCAAUUGUGAGAAGCAGUUGAAAGAGCAAGAGGAAAAAAUUAAGACGACCCAGAAGAAUCUUGACGCGAUGGAAGAGCGAAAAAAGCAGCUAGUCAACUUUCAUAAGGAUGUUCUGAAUCUGCAGGAGGCUCUUAGGCGCUGCUCUAACCUGGUGGGGACCCUGCAUUCUGAAGCAAAUGCAGUUCGGGUGACAAGCCAGUUUGUGUUCAUUUAUGAUUCCUUGAAGCCUCAGAUUGACAGUAUCACACAGCACAUGCUUCCCUUCCUAGAUGCAAAACAUCCUGAGCACCAGCUGCUGGACUGCCCUGAGAUAAAACGAAGUAUCAAGAAAUUAAAAUUCUUCUCCGAGACCCCAAGUGCUUUGGCCAGAAAUACUUACACUCUUAAGGAAAUGCUAACUGACAAGGAUGUCCGUGAGUACUUGGCCAUUGGUUUUGUCAUCCUGGCCUUGCUCUGGGCAACUGGUUUUUUGUACAAAGCCCUUCUGCUUAUUUUAAUUGGCUGUAUCCUUUCCUGUUGCCUAACUUAGUAGCUCUCUAUUUAAGGAGCAACCCCCACUCUGUGAAUCUGCUCCAUUACUUGUAUCAGCAGGAAAGACCCUUUAAAGAUGCUUCUACUGCUAAAAACUGGCCCAGGCAGGAUGAGGCCUACUCUGGAAGUUUCCAGGUUGCACAUGAUCUUCCAGGGGAAUUGUUCUUAAUCCAUACAUUAGUAGAAAAAUGGAAAGAAGACACAAAAUAUUUUUUUUUUGCAAACCUAGAUCGGGUUAUAUACAGGUAGUCCUCAACCUAGGACCACAGUUGAGCCCAAGGUUUAUGUUGCUAAGUGAGAAA